CAUAUAGCUUCAAACGUUUCCUCAGCUUUGCACUUCCGAAUGCUGUGCCAGUGCGAUCUGCUGGCUGUGCGAUUCAGCGUAUUUCUGCGCAUGCGCCAUUAUACCGGCCUGUGCUCAGAAAAUAGCAUUUUACACAAUUACUUACUGCCAUAAUUUGCCAAUAUUGGCGUUUUCUUCGAGAGACAUUGGGCAAAAGUGAAAUUUACUGUAGAAGUUUGAUGCAUUUUUUGGACAGCGAAAAUUUGACACAGGUCCUCUAUACUAGACUCAUGGCGGAUAUCGGUAGGUGGCGCUAGCCCGGAAUCAGACACAUGUGUGGCAGUCUGAGGGCAACAACGCGGAAGUCCGUGUCUGCGGGAAUAAUCAACACACCAGGAGCGGAAGAGAAGCGUUUUUUUCCACAUUUUGUGGUUACUGAACAGCUCGUUUGUCUGAUUAUUUUUUAAAACGUUCGUUCUGUGACCCCGGUGUCUAUUUUCAGCAUCUCCAAUGACCUGAUUUUAAAAAAAGUGAACAUUAUAGACAGUACUGAAAAGAGUAAGACAGAGGGCCACGUUUUCCAGUUAGACAAGACAACUAGCUUCAAGAAGAAAAACGAGAAUGAGACCCGUCUGUGAAAUGAGAGAGAUGGAUCUCUGCGCAUCCUCCGCGUCUCUCCUGGAAGAAGAACUCGUCUCUGCUAUCGAGCCUGCAGUGAAAGCGGCUGUGCUGAGCGUCAUGUCUGCGAUCACAAGGUUCGUGGACAGUAAAUGUGCAGUUUUCCACCUGAGACUGGACGAAAGAGACAAAGAUUUCGAAAGCGUGAUGUUGCGAUUGGAAAUCGCGGAGAGCGAGUUGAAAGCCGUAAGAGAACGAGAAUGCACGAACACUGCCGAUAAGAACUUCACACACUCUCUCACAAACACCGAUGAACAAUACUGCGGGACUGACAUCAUCACAGACGUCACUGAAUCAUGUCCUGCAGAGAGAAAUGCUCUCCCUCAUGCUGAGGAAGGGUUGAAGGCAGAAUCAGUUCCCAUUGAAGAGGAGCUCUUUGACCAGGAAUGGUGCAGGAGUCCAAAGCAGGCUCCAGAGCUGACAUCUAUUGAAGGGGAGGAGGAGAAACCUGGACUGGAUCCUGUCCACUUUAAAGGGGAGUCACCUGAACUGGAACCUGUCCACGUUAAUGAAGAGAUCCCUGGAAUUGAACCGGUCAUCAUUAAAGAGGAGGUUCUUGAACUUGAAUCUGACCCCAUUGAAGAGGGGGGUUCUGACCACUUUGAAAGACGGCAGCAGAUUCACGCUGGACAGAAACUGCAUUGCUGCACAGAAUGUGGUACGAGUUUCAGUACGUUUGCAGAGCUGACAAGCCACCAGUGCAUUCACACAGAGAGGAAACAGUAUCGCUGCACUGAAUGUGGAAAAAGUUACAAAUAUUCAAACCACCUUAAAACACACCAGCGGACCCACACAGGAGAAAAGCCCUAUUGCUGCAGUGAAUGUGGUAAGAGAUUUAUUUCAUCAGAACAGUUGAAGAGACACCAGCGAAGUCAUACAGGAGAAAAGCCAUAUCACUGUACACAAUGUGGGAAGAGUUUUACUCAGUUUGGAAACUUGAAAUUGCACUGGCGAAUUCACACGGGAGAGAAACCGUAUUGCUGCACGGAAUGUGGAAAGUGUUUCACACAGUUACAGCACCUCAAAACUCACCAGCGAAUUCACACAGCAAAGAAAUUGUACUGAAAAAAAAACACAAAAUCAAAGUUUUUAAGUACCACUGUUUGGAGAUUUUUUUAAAGACACAAUGGACCUAAUUAUUAUUAUUUUUUUUUUAACAUUUUAGAGAAAGAAAGAUUUUUUUUUUUAAAAGUGCGAUUGGAUUAGAAAAAAACAAACAAAAAACUUCCAUCACUUGUUAUAUAGACGAUACUGGGUCUUAUAUUUUUGUGUACCAUGAAUGUAAAAGAUGUCUGAGAGGAGACUGGCAAUCUGUGAAGAGAAGGAUCUGUGAAGAUGGGAGGGUAGCAAAGGGUGCAACCGUUAGCUUAGACACCGCCGAUCAGUAAAUUCUAUUAAGACACCUGGUGAAAACUGGUGAAAUGUUUGUACAUAGUAUGUUUAUGCAGGAAAAGAAAAAUGUAGUGAAUAAAAAUUAUACAAAGUCAGCUAAGCCAUCUUAAUGCGAUCAGUAAUGUUAAUGUUAAAAAUAAAAAUAUGUUUUAGGAUUAUUGUUAACUUUUAAAAUCAUUUUCUUUAAGCAGAUAGUGUUCUGUGUAUUAUAUGUAUAGUAAGGGGGCACAUGAUGGUGGUCCACUAUGAAAGGCGCUAUAUAUGAAAGGCGCUUGAUUGAUUGAUAUCUGUCCCUAAAGCCAGGAAAUACUUCUGCUGGGGAGUUAGUUGCAGAUUGUCUUGCAGACACCCAGUGUUGGAUGUCUCAGAAUUAUUUAAUGCUAAAUUCAGAUAAAACAGAGGCUAUGCUCAUGGGCUCUCAGAACCAACUAAAAACAUGUGGGAUUACAUGAGUAAUCUCUCAUUCAAUCUUAAACUAGGAAUGAAAAAUGUGGGUGUCAUCUUUGAUCCUGAUAUAUCAGUUGAGACUUAUAUUAGGGAAGUUACUGAACCAUUUGAGAACUAUACCCAAACUUAGACCAAUUGUUUAUAUAUCUGAUGCCAAGAUAGACUAUUGCAUGCCUUUGUUUCAUCUAGAAUUGAUUACUGUAAUGCACCUCUCUCUGGUAUCCCAAAAGAUGUGCUGUCCCUCUUACAGCUCGUUGAGAAUACCACCGCUAGAAUUCUGACGAAAACCAGGAAGAGUUAACAUAUUACCCCAUGUUUUAGUUUUUUUUACACUGGUUCUCUGUACAGUAUAGAAUGGAUUUUAAGAUGUUGCUGUUAACCUAUAAAGCCCUAAAUGGAGAGGCACCUAGUUAUUUACAAGAGUUACUGACCCCGUAUCAUCCAAAUCACACACAGAUCACAGGAUGUGUGGCUGCUGGUUAUUAUUAUUUGUUUAUUUAGCAGACGCCUUUAUCCAAGGCGACUUACAGAGACUAGGGUGUGUGAGCUAUGCAUCAGCUGCAGAGUCACUUACAAUUACGUCUCGCCCGGAGGAGGUGAGGUUACAGGAGGUUAAGUGACUUGCUCAGAGUCACACAAUGAAUCAGUGGCUGAGGUGGGAUUUGAACCGGGGACCUCCUGGUUACUAGCCCUUUUCUUUAACCACCGGACCACACAGCCUCCUAUAUUCUGAGGAUCAACAAAAUUAACAUGGGAGGAAGAGCUUUCUCAUGCAGAGCCCCUGAAUGAUGGACUGCCCUUCCUUCUUUCAUCAUAGAAGCUGGGACUAAUUCUUAACAGUAUAUAUAGAUAUAGAUAUAUAUAUACCUUUUUUAAAAUAUGUUAUUUAAUAUGUAGCAGGUAUUGCUACAUAUUAGUGGUAUUGUGUUGUGUAAAUGUAAAGGUUUUUUUUGUCUUUUUUUAUGCUUUGUGAUACUUUUGUAUGAAAAGCGCUAUAUAAAUUUAAUAAAUAAAAAGCUCUUGACAAUUACAUUU